CCAGCUACAAACCUUCGAGUUUGGCUUUCCUAUCUUGCCUCUUGCCUCUCUUCUCCCUUCGCUCGACCAGGCUAUCCUGCGAAAGACUCAAAUAUGGCGGCUAAGGCAGCAGAUCAACUCAACGGCCUCAAGUUGGACGAGUCCAACGGCAAACCAGCCAACGGUGCAGUCACAAAUGGCAGCAAGGCAACCGCCGAUGCAGACCACGAAGACUCGGAUGACGAGGCCGACGAGGCCAACGAGGGAGCCCCCGAGGGUGCUGCUGAAGGUGCGGCCAAGAAGAAAAAGAAGAGGAAGCCCAGAAAGAAGAAGAAGGGCGGCGCAGGAGGCCCAAAGGUUCAGACUUCACCGCCGAGCGUCCCCGUCCACGAAAUCUUCCUCAAUGACACAUAUCCCGAGGGAGAGAUUUGCGAGUACCGCGAUGAAAACACGUACCGCACUACCAGCGAGGAGAAGAGACACUUGGAUCGCAUGAACCAGGACUUCUUGACAGAUUACAGAAGGGGCGCCGAAGUACAUCGUGAGGUCAGGCAAUGGGCCCAAAAAUGGAUCAAGCCAGGCAUGACCCUCACUGAGAUCGCAGAAGGCAUCGAAGGCUCUGUGCGCUCUUUGACCGGACACCAGGGACUCGAGGAUGGCGAUGCGCUCAUAGCUGGUAUGGGCUUUCCAACUGGUCUUAGUAUCAACCACUGCGCUGCGCAUUACACGCCGAAUGCCGGAAACAAAAUGGUUCUACAGCAAGAAGACGUCAUGAAGGUUGAUUUUGGAGUUCACAUCAAUGGACGAAUUGUGGAUUCAGCAUUUACUCUGAGCUUUGACCCCGUCUACGACAACUUGAUCAAUGCCUGCAAGGACGCCACAAACGCUGGUAUCAAGGAAGCCGGUAUUGAUGUGCGCAUGUCAGACAUCGGCGCAGCAAUCCAGGAGGUUAUGGAGAGCUACGAAUGCGAAAUCAAGGGCACAACCUAUCCAGUCAAAUGCAUCAGGAAUCUCAACGGACACAGUAUUGGAAGAUACAGCAUUCACGGUGGAAAGACGGUACCAAUUGUCAAGGGUGGCGACCAGACUAAGAUGGAGGAGGGAGAAACCUUUGCGAUUGAGACAUUCGGUAGCACUGGAAAAGGAUAUGUUAGAGACGACAUGGAAACCUCACACUAUGCAAAGCGUGAAGACGCACCACAUGUCGCACUUCGCGUCUCAUCCGCCAAGACCCUUUUGAACUCCAUCACCAAGAAUUUCGGCACCCUGCCUUUCUGUAGGCGAUACCUCGAUCGCUUGGGUCAUGACAAGUAUUUGCUUGGCCUGAAUAAUCUUGUGUCUGCGGGGAUUGUGGAAGCAUACCCCCCGCUGUGUGAUGUCAAGGGUUCUUACACUGCACAGUCUGAACAUACUUUCAUUCUUCGACCGAACGUCAAGGAAGUCGUCAGCCGGGGUGAUGAUUAUUAA